AUCAGCAAUGAAAACAGAAAAGGGCAGGAGGGAUAGAUUGAAACGCAAAGCUGAGAGAUUGAUAAUUAGAAACAAUUAACAGUUUGCAGUUGUUGCUGGCGUGUUGGUGAAUCCCAGAAGUUCUCCAAUAUAAGGAGAGAGAGAGAGAGAGAGAGAGAGAGAGAGGGAGGGAGACCCAACACAACGAGAAUGCCCAAAAAGUCCAAGUGAGAGAGAUUCCCCACAUUCUCUCCUCUCACACAAACCCACGUCGUCACUUUGCUGUUUCAAAAGUCUGAAUUGUGGAAUAUUUGUGAGGAGUCGCAGUCUGUAUUUUAAGGGCAGUACAUAGAUUCCGAUUGUUUGAGGAAGAUGAGUGUGUGACUGUAGUUGAUUGUAGCCCAUCUUAAGGUUUGGUAAUGGGGUCUGCAAACAUGGAGAAGAAAUGGCUAUUCCCUCUUGUCAUAAGCUCUUGUGUAUGCUUAUUCCUUCUAGCCACUUCCUUGAACUUGGGUCUUGUCUCUUCACCACACAAACUCUUCUCCUCGAUGUUACAAUCUCGAGUAGCAACAAACCAAACCGGUGCAGCUUUCGCUGAGGCAAAAGUUUCACAAGCUCCACCCCCUCCCGCAGUACCAGCUAUUCCUCGUUUUGCUUAUCUAAUUUCAGGGUCAAAAGGGGAUAUGGAAAAGCUUUGGAGAACCCUUAAGGCUCUAUACCAUCCUUUGAAUCACUAUGUUCUUCAUUUAGACCUUGAGGCACCAGUAGCAGAAAGAUUGGAGCUUGCUUCACGAGUGCAAAACGAAACGAUGUUUCGUAAUGUUGGGAAUGUAUUUAUGAUAAAAAAGGCUAAUAUGGUCACUUAUAGAGGACCAACAAUGGUUGCUAAUACUCUUCAUGCCUGUGCCAUUCUGCUCAGGAGGAGUAAGGAUUGGGAUUGGUUUAUCAACCUCAGUGCCUCAGAUUAUCCGCUUGUUACUCAAGAUGAUCUUCUUCACACCUUUUCAGGUCUAAAUCGAGAACUGAAUUUCAUUGAGCAUACUAGCCAGCUUGGUUGGAAGGAGGAAAAAAGAGCAAUGCCUUUAAUUCUAGACCCUGGUCUCUACUCAGCAAAUAAACAAGAUGUCUUUUUCGUUACACCCCGGCGAACAUUGCCAACUUCCUUUAAAUUGUUUACUGGUUCGGCAUGGAUGGUCCUGUCACGAUGGUUUGUUGAGUACUGCGUUUGGGGUUGGGACAAUCUACCAAGGACCCUUCUCAUGUAUUACACAAACUUUGUCUCCUCGCCUGAAGGCUACUUUCAUACUGUUAUAUGCAAUGUGCCAGAGUUUGCUAAAACUGCAGUCAACCAUGAUUUGCACUAUAUUUCUUGGGAUAUUCCUCCCAAACAGCAUCCUCACACCCUUAACAUAAAUGACACAAGCAAGAUGAUUGGAAGUGGUGCUGCCUUUGCCCGGAAAUUCAAACACAAUGACCCUGCCCUAGAUAAGAUUGAUAAAGAGUUACUUCACAGAAGAAAAGAUGGCUUCACUCCUGGUGGUUGGUGUGCUGGAAAACGGAAAUGCACCAGGGUUGGGAACCCGAACAAGAUCAAACCAGGUCAAGGGGCUGAAAGGCUUCGCGCCCUUGUGGAUAGGCUGACAUUGACAGCUAAGUUUGGUCAAAACCAGUGUAAAUAGAUUCUCUGGAAAUUCUUUGGAGCAGGUGUUAAGAGAUUUAGUGAAAGGAAUUGAAACUGUAAAAGAAGAUAGUAGUACCUACAAGCUGGACAAGAGUUCUGUUGUUAUUUAUGGGAUACAUUUUGAUGUCCAGCUUGUUAGAUUUGAGGCAGGUUAACGUCCUUUCAAGCAAAACCAAAAUUGUCACAUUCUUGGAACCAGAAAGGUGUUUGAUCAUCACUGAUUUGGUAGAUUCUAAAUCUAGAACUUUUACAAUCAUAUAUCCUACGAUCCUAUAUCUUAUCGGUAGUAUACCUUUUUUUCCC